AAAAAAAAAUGACAAUAUAUAAAUAAUAAAAUAUACAAUUUUUCGACUCAGUUUCGACCCUAUUUAAAUUGUUGGGCAGUUUAUGAGAAAAGUCAACUUUCUAACCAGAAUUGCCGAUAAUCUUUCCGACAACAAAGCCAACUUGCUACCUCAGUUCCCAUUGAGAAAAUACCCAAAAUCGAAAAUAGACCGGGACGACCGUAAAGUCCUGCCUGUAAACCGGAGAGGUUUAUAACCCAAUAUUAACUGUCUCCGAAUCAUAAUUUAUGUUAAUGGCCCCCUCGUACCCAACAACUGCUCCAGCCCGUUCGUUCGGCCAAGGGAAGACUGCCAGCCAGGCGACAGUUGGUAACGAAACGUGGAGCAAACUGGAAGUGUCCUGUGCCGCCUCUAAUUCUACCGCCUCGUCACGUUGGUACCACUGAACAAGUUUCACCAAUUACCAAUUUGAAUGUUGUCAUUGUACUUCCGGACUGUCAAACCGAUGGCAAUUAAAUUGGCAACAUUGUAAAUUCAUUAGGGCAACAAGAUGAACGAACCUCCUUUUGGUAUUUCCUCUGAUGGCCAGACGGGCCAAACCAGUUUUUGAGUGAUUUGUGUGUCGACCGUAGAGGAAUGUAGGACCACUGCUAUAACGUCAGGAUGGCGAUCGAAAAUUGAGAGCCCGAAGAGCGAUACCUUUCUGUAAAUUACCAUUACGCCGGGAAACUCGGCAGAACAAGGAGGAGAGAUGUGUAGGGAAUGAAAAGACAGCGGAGUUGGCGUGUCGAAAUCUGCACGACAAAGAAGGCAGCGACUACGGCGUGUGGUGGAAGGCUGGAAGGCAGUUUGCGAGCUGGAAGAUUUCAGUGUGACGGGAGAUAACGGAGAUGGCGGAAAUAUGGCGGUCAGGGGGAUGAGGACAGGGUGGGAUUCAGUCUCUUCCGAGGGUGGCGCGAGCAGAGUUCGCCCCUGUCCGGAGGCAUCACAACAUUUGGUCCUGCCAGAUCCGCUGCUAAAGAGUAAGAAUGCGCAAGGACCCCGAAUGCGCGGGAAAACUGGGCGUGAAAGCGAUCGAUCGAGCAUCAGGAGGGCUUUGAAAGCAAGCCGGCGGUUCCCCUUGCCAGGCAACGUAGCAACCAUCAUGUCACCGCUGAUAUCACAGCCGCCUCUGCGAGAGUCGACAUCGCUUCUGUCAACAAGAUGCGCGGCAGUGCUAAAAAGUGCGAAAGGAAGCCUUGCAAGAUCCGUCCAGGCGGCUUUGCCUCGUUUCAGGUGGUUCAAAGGAGAAUGAAUCUGAAAAAUAAGGAUCAGAAGCUCAACUUUGCAAAUCUGGAUACACUUACAAUAAAGCCAAAGAAGAAAAAUGACUUUCGAACAUUUUCACCACAUUGGAACAAAAAAGGUAUACUUGUUUUUUAC